AUAACACCUUAUCUUUAUUCUUACCUCUUCUCUCUUCCGUUGCUUGCUACCACCACUCGACCAGUCUACUUAACACUAACUAAGAGAUACACAAAAACACACACACAACACACAACACACACUCUCUCUCUGUAAAAAUCCAUGGCUCAGUCUCUUUGUUUCACUCCAGUGACAUCAGUUAGCACCCCUUCAAAACCAGGGGUUUUGAUUGGAAAUUCUACUGUUUUAAAGGUUAUUAGAGUACAUGAAACAUCACCCAAAUUGGGUACUGCAAGAUUUCAAUCACUUCAAACUAAGGCAACUGAAAAGUCUUCCACCGGCACCAAGCCAAAUAGCAUAGUGUGUGCCGAUUGUGAUGGAAAUGGUGCUAAAGUAUGUACUCAGUGUGAAGGAGGUGGAGUGAACACCCAAGACCACUACAACGGACAGUUUAAGGCUGGUGGAUUAUGUUGGCUUUGCAGAGGAAAAAGGGAGAUAUUGUGCGGAAACUGCAACGGAGCUGGCUUCAUCGGUGGAUUCAUGAGUACAUUCGAUGAGUGAGUGUCUUGAAAAGACUAAACUUACACUUUUGAACCUGGGACAUAGAAUUGUUGAGCACUAGAUAUAGACUUUUUCCUUGUGUAUUUAUUUUCAGAUGGUUGCUUGAUGAUUUCUUUACCAGUAUAUUGCUGGAAGUUGUAACAAGAAUAUGCUUUUGUAUAAUUAUUUGGGAAUAAUGCAAGAACUAUGAAUGUUUUAGAAA